GCAAAUGACAUCCAGCAUACAGAAAACUUUGAGCUACCUCCUAACUUUGCUCCAUCGUCUGUUCGGCAAUGAUACCAGAUUGACGCAGCACGCCGGAAAUGCUCGAAAGGAUGACCUGCCAACAAGAGGAUGAUGGAGAAUUCUGCAGAUUGGCGAGGGCGAGUGCACUGCUGGUGAACAGCAAAAAUGAACUCAGUGCACGACUGCAACAGUUUGUGGAGGAGAGGAUGCAGACCACCAUGCUCACAGGUGUGCUGAUUGGAGCUGUAGUCGCCGUCUCCCUGAUUGGGAUUGUGGUGCUUUUCCUCUACAGGAGAUUGAAGCUUGCUCGUGAAAAACAGCCUGGUGUACCUCAGUAUCGCUUCCGAAAGCGAGAUAAAGUGCUCUUCUAUGGAAGGAAGAUGAUGCGAAAGGUCCAGACGCUGUCAUCGAUUCCUCCUCCCAACUCUGCCUCAGUAACGAAGCAACCGCAGCGCAUACGCAAAAGAACCAAAGUUCUAAGCAUAGCUCGCAAAAUCCUGAGGAUCCGUAAAGAUCCUCCCACCCUGCAGCCUAAGGAACCUCCCCCCUCCCUGCUGGAGGCGGACCUAACAGAGUUUGAUGUGCAGAGCUCAAACAUGCCCUCAGAGGUCCUCUAUAUGCUGAAGAAUGUCAGAGUCUUGGGCCAUUUCGAGAAGCCCGUGUUCCUAGAGCUGUGUCGCCACAUGGUGUUUAUCGAACUGCAGGAGGGUGAAAGUCUUUUCAGGCCAGGAGACGAUGACGAUAGCAUUUUCGUUGUCCAGGAUGGACGACUCGAGCUCUACAUCCACGAGAACGAUGGUACUGAACCAGUGGUGAAGGACGUGCUCCCAGGAGACAGCGUCCACAGCUUGCUCAGUAUUCUGGACAUCAUCACUGGUUAUCCAGCUGCAUACAAGACUGUAUGUGCGCGGGCUGCAACUCGCGCAACCAUCUUGCGGUUACCGGCAUCAGCCUUUAAGUCUGUGUUUAAGAAAUAUCCAGAGACGCUUGUUCGCGUCAUUCAGAUAAUCAUGGUGCGCCUCCAAAGAGUCACCUUCUUGGCGUUGCAUGACUAUCUGGGCCUAACAACUGAGCUCUUCAAUCCGGAGAGUCGGGCAGUGCCCUUGUCCAACGUAAACGGUGUGAUGGGAGAUGCGACGUCUGUGAAGACAACUCGUCGGUUGUACUUCCAGGACGAGUUACCCACUGGGACCACGGAGAGCUCCACAGAGACAGAUGGUGUAAAGGACAGUCCUUCAAACGGCUACAGGAAGCUGCGAUCCACCUCGAUGCCCACCGACUGCACAGGUAAUGACCUGAACAUGGCUUGUGAACGAGCUCGAGUCACCAUAGAUGAGGCUCCACCCAGUCCCGUCGCUCCCAAAUCCAGUCUGAAGAAGACUGUGACAAUGCAGCCCACACCCUCUGAAGUGUUUCACUACACAGACAGUGGGGGGCACUCUGAUGCCAUCUACCUCAGUAAGAGUUGCACAAUCCUCCAGGCUGCUAAGAAGGACCUGCUGGGAAUCAUCCAGCUGCAGGACCCCAGUCUACUUGAUGGCAGAGUGACCCUCCAUCAAGUCAAAGCUGGUUCUGUGGUGGCUCGUCAGGGAGACCAGGAGGUGAGCAUCCAGUUCGUGAUCUCUGGCCUCCUCCAUGUCUACCAGCGGAUAAUUGACCGUGAAGAAGAGACGCGUCUGUUUGUGACGCACCCUGGAGAGCUUGUCGGUCACCUUGCUGUCCUGACCGGAGAGCCCCUCAUAUUCACUGUUCGAGCCCAGCGAGACUGCAGCUUCCUCUCCAUUUCAAAAACCCACUUCUAUGAGAUAAUGCGCGUGGAGCCAAAUGUUGUGCUGAAUGUUGCUCACACGGUUGUGAGAAGGAUGUCACCCUUUGUCCGGCAGAUAGACUUUGCUCUCGACUGGAUGGCUGUGGAAGCUGGCCGGGCGGUCUACAGGCAAGGAGAGAAAUCGGACAGUACUUUCAUAGUGCUGAGUGGUCGACUGCGCUCUGUAAUCAUGAAGGAAGAUGGAAAGAAGGAGCUCGUAGGAGAGUACGGACGCGGCGACCUGAUUGGAGUGGUGGAGACCCUGACCCAUCAGAACAGAGCCACCACAGUGCACGCUGUACGAGACUCUGAGCUGGCCAAGUUACCAGAAGGAGCUCUCAGCUCCAUCAAGAGAAAGUUCCCACAGGUUGUCACCAGGUUGAUCCACUUACUGGGACAGAAGAUCCUCCAGCAGGUCAAUGGUCCUCUGACAGCUCGCAGUUUCACUGGCAGUAAGUGGGAUGCAGGGAACCAGGCCUCCAACCUCUCCACUGUGACCGUCCUGCCUGUAUCAGAAGACGUGCCUCUCACGGCCUUCACCCUGGAGCUGCAGCAUGCACUCAUAGCAAUAGGUCCUACUCUUCUGCUGACCAGUGAUGUAAUUAAACAGCGACUGGGAGCUGCAGCACUAGACAGUGUCCAUGAGUAUCGUCUGUCCAGCUGGCUGGGCCAACAAGAAGACCUCCAUCGCAUAGUUCUUUACCAGACGGACUACACGCUUACCCCGUGGACACAGCGGUGCAUUCGUCAGGCUGACUGCAUCAUUAUUGUGGGACUAGGAGAGCAGGACCCUGUCGUUGGGGAGCUGGAGCGUAUGUUGGAAGGAAGUGCAGUGCGUGCCCAGAAGCAGCUGGUGCUUCUGCACAAAGAAGACAGCCCCCCACCCAAAGGAACUGUGGACUGGCUCAACAUGCGAAGCUGGAUCUCCAGACACCUCCACCUCUCUUGUCCCCGAAGGGUCUUCUCUAGGAGGCGCCGGCCCAAACUGUUGGAGCUGUAUCAACGUGUGUUUGAGAAGCCAGCCGACCGUCACUCAGACUUCUCACGCUUGGCUCGAGUCCUUACGGGCAAUGCUAUUGCUCUUAUUCUGGGAGGAGGAGGGGCCAGGGGCUGUUCCCAGGUGGGGAUAAUGCGAGCUCUCUGUGAGGCCGGCAUCCCAGUGGACCUUAUUGGUGGCACGUCUAUCGGUUCCCUGAUGGGGGCACUGUACGCCGAGGACCGGAGCCACAGCCGCAUGAGGAUGAGGGCCAAAGAAUGGGCGAUGGAAAUGACAUCCGUGUUUAAGAAGGUUCUUGAUUUGACGUACCCGAUCACCUCCAUGUUCUCCGGUGCUGCCUUCAACUCCGGCAUUAGCAAUGUCUUCAAGAGCAAACAGAUUGAGGACCUUCGGAUCCCGUAUUUCAAUAUUACAACUGACAUCACUUCCUCUACCAUGAGAGUACACACUGAUGGUUCUCUGUGGCGGUAUGUUCGUGCCAGCAUGUCUCUGUCUGGGUAUCUGCCUCCUCUCUGCGACCCCAAAGAUGGACACCUGCUGAUGGACGGAGGCUACAUCAACAACCUGCCUGCUGACGUGGCACGCUCCAUGGGGGCCAAAGUGGUGAUAGCUAUUGACGUGGGCAGCCGGGAUGAAACCAACCUCACUAACUACGGCGACUCGCUCUCAGGCUGGUGGCUGCUAUGGAAACGCUUCAACCCCCUCGCCGAGAAAGUAAAGGUGUUGGACAUGGCAGAGAUCCAGACUCGGCUGGCCUACGUGUGUUGCGUUCGGCAGCUGGAGUCUGUGAAGAGCAGCGACUACUGCGAGUACAUCAGACCUCCGAUCGACCGAUACGGAACACUGGAGUUCGGCAAGUUUGAUGAGAUUGCUGAGGUGGGAUACCAGCACGGAAAGACUGUGUUUGACGUGUGGAUUCGCAGUGGAGUGGUGGACAAAAUGUUGAAAGACCGACACCAGGAGGAGUUCCACAACACCCGAAGCAAGAACAAUGUGGUGUCAUGUCCCAAUGCUUCCUUUACUGACCUGGCAGAAAUUGUGUCCCGCAUCGAGCCCGUGAAACCUGCUCUGGUGGAUGAGGAGUCAGACUACCACACAGACUAUGAAGAGGAGGCGUUGGAGAGCGCUCUGUCUGACAUGGAGGCAUACAAUCACUACGGAGAGCACACUGAAGGGGAGGAGACUGCUGACACGGACGAAGAGCUGCUGGAAGGGAGACGUCUUCACCGCAUUACCUCACUCUCCAGUAGCCAUCCCCAGACUCCCACCAUCUCUGACAGUCCAUCAAACCAGGAAGUCCUCUCCAAACCGCCCAUUAAGUGAAGACAAGUCUCAUGAACUUUGGCCAAUCGGGUCAUCGCAAUUUAAUGUUCCUGCCCCCCCCAGUCUUCUGCCCCUGAGACUGUCGGAAUGACUGCAUUUACCACUUCGCCGUCUGUAACCCGGCCUCGUUAGCUGUGUGGCCGACACAACAAAUGGCAAUACAGGCAGCUAGUGUCACAUUUCCUCAGCUGCAUAUCCAAGAGCAGCUGCAAAUCUAAUCAUUUCUCAUAUUGACAGUUUCUGUGAUUUGCAUCUUAUGAAACUGCCAUUAAGAUCAGAUGCAUACUUAAUAUAUUCAAAAAAAAAACCUGAAAAACGACUUUUCAUAUUUAAGCCAAGAAUGUAUACAAGCUAAGCCCUAGAUGAUUUUAUGCACAAGCCACACCAGCUGGACAAUCACUCCAAUAAUGAAAUGCAAAAAUACACUAAAAUAGUUAUAUAGCCUUGUUGAACAUGCCUCUGUCACUUUACCAAUUUUAGAGUUAACCGCAUUCACAACUAGGGCUGCAACUAACGAUUACUGUGAUCUUUAUUUAUCUUUUGGUCUGUAUUAUGUCAGAAGAUGGUGAAAAAUUGAUCAAAAUUUUUCCGAGAGCCCAAGGUGAUAUCUUUAAAUUGUUUUUGUCUAACCAACCGCAGAAAAUACCCAAAGAUAUUUAGUUUACUCAAAGUAAUUCCAGGCAACAAAGCCUCUCAUCUGAGAAACAUCAAAUGUUUGGCAUUUUUGCUUCAUAAAUGGCUUAUUAAUUGGUAAUCAUAGUUUGUUGAUUGACUAAUUGUUUCAGCCCUAAUCGCUUAAUUACCAGAGCCCUAGCAAGACUGCAUAACAAACAUUUUUGAUGAGGAUUCCGUUAUAUUGUUUCUGAAAGAAUUGUGAUCAAAUUAUUUUUUUGAAAAACGUUGUCUGGCCGACAAAUUAUGUAUUGGGGGGGAUUGUACUGCAAUUUCUUCUUACUCAGCGGCCAACGCACGUUGAAAUACAAAUAUAGCUGCAAGAAGUUAAUAUCAGUCGGCCGAUUUAUCCAUCGUGCUCUAAUCAUAAGAAUAUCGAUGCAAAUUUUGGAUUUAAUUUUCUUCCCGCUUGAUCUAGCACCCUGUGAGCCUCACCAUAUGAAGCUGUGAUCUCAGCUAAUACUGGUGCUACAGUACAGCAGCCUUACAUGUGUAGACGGUAGAGAGACCCUGUGAUGCACAAUAUGGGGAUCCCAUAUGGUGUUGGUUAAAUGGAGUCUGGAGACAGAAUGUGAGCGCAGAGCGGAUGUUAGCUGACCAAUGAAGUAAUGGUGUUUGCACUGGUGUUUUGUCGUACUUUUGGGUGGUUUCCAAAAACCAAGCACAAUGAAUUGAUGUUGUCUGGCAGAAUGAAUGCUUUGCUACUUUAUUAAAUGCUGAUGUAAUGUGUGGAACUGUGCCAUAAAGUUAAUGUUACAAAGCCUUAGAUGACCCGUACGGGGAAAAAAACACUCGUGCCCUCAUUUAGCAUUAGUGUACAAUGAUGAAUGUUUACCACUAAGCCUGUACUGUAUGACAUCUUGUCUAUACUUGUGUUAUUUGAUAACUUUUUUGAUAAUCAAUUGUUACUAAGAAA